CGGCUGGUGCGAUCGGCGCCAGGCACGGCCCGGCCAGCUGUUGCGUCCGGGAGCUCCGAGCCGGUGCGGAGCCGCCCAAAGACCUCUGUCCCCUUGUGCCGUCCUGCUCCGCUGGGCAGUGCUCCCGGCGCCUGGGGGGAGCGAUCCCGAAACCCAGCGGCUUCUCCCCGCCUGGUGUCCCCGGCCCGGGAGUGAUCCCGCGGGUGAGCCGGGCAGGCGGCUUUCCCGGCGGGUGGCGGCAGGGAGAUCAGUGAUCUUAUGCACUUCCUCCAGAACUGUUUCCAUUUGUAGAAUUUCAUCGGAUUUGAGUUGGUAUUUGAAGUCUAUUCAUGAGGAAUUAGCAAAAAUGAAUAAGAGAAUAAGUUAUUUGUUAAAUACUGUUAGAUACCUGCAUAGGUACAGUUCUGUGUUGACUCCCAGAUCUUCAGGCACAACAAGAAAACACAUUUUAUGGAUUAGCAGAUACAGGGAUCCCUUGGGAAAUGUGAACUUCAGGGAGUUAUUUUUAAAUAUUUUUCCUUCUCUGCAUGGAUCAUCACUUCGAUUUCUAUCUCAAAAGACGGAUGUGUUUAGCACAGGUGCAGAGGCUUUGGUGAGUGAGCAGGCUUCCCAGAGCUCCUUGGAAGCAGAAAAGUUGGAUGAUUCUGGGAGCUUCAAAGCGAAGCAUGUAGUGGGUCAUAAUGACCCAUUCUUUAAUAGUCUCCGGAAAUGCACCUGUCCUUGCGAUGCGCUGGACUUGGCUUCCGAGUCUGCUCUCUCCAUCAAGCAUUACACGAACUGUUUGACCACCACGUGGAGGCUCUUCAAACACAUGUCAGAGGAGCAGCAGCGCUACGAGAAGCAGCUGAUCUUUGAGCACCCGGCCUUUGCCAAGCUGUGCCAGCAGCUGCUGCGGGACUCCCGCAGGAUGACGCGUGGGGACCUGGUGUUCAGCCUGCACGCCGUGGUGAACCUCGGGGUGCCCCAGAACACGCUUCUGGUCCAGACUUUGCUGAGAGUGUGCCAAGAGAAGCUCAAUCAACUCGAUAACCGAUGUGUCUCCGUUUUGGCAACUACUUUAUCAGGGAUGGACAAAGACAAGAAUGUGAGCGCUCUUCAAGCUGGAUUACAGUUACUAGUGGAGCAGCGCAUUUCAGGUAUCAAAGACAUCUUUAUUCUGCAAAACCUGAUGAAAUGCAUGGGAAAAGAUGUUCCGUUUUUUCUGAAAAAGAAAUUAGAGAUGGCAGUUUUGAAAGAAAUAGAUCAUCUGACUUUUCCGAAUGCUCUGCGUGUGUUUUUGGCUCUUGUUGCAAUGAAUUAUUGUUCGUAUCCAAUCCUGACUGCCUGCAGUAAAAAGAUCCAGGAAAAUGUCCAUGAUGUUCCAUUUCGGCAGUUAAUUCUCAUUCUGGAAGCUUGUCACACUCUCCAGUACCGUAAUGUAAAACUGUUUUCAGCAUUAGCAGACUACGUUAAUUCCACUGCCUGCCUUUGGGACAAAAGACAGAUUAUCCUUUUUCUUUCUGCCUGUGAGGCACUUGGCUUUCAGCCUAGUGAGUUGAUGGAGAUUUUUGCUGAGAAGCUGACCGAAGACCCUGAAUUCCUUAACUUGAAAAACCUUUUGAUUGUUCUCCGAGUGUAUUCACGACUCAACUAUGUUCCCAGAGUCCAAAAGCAUCGGUUUUUUGAGACCCUUCAAAGCUGCUUGAAUAAAUGCCUGCCUCAGAUUUCCGACACAGAACUGCUGAAGGCAGCAUAUUCACUCUGCAUGUUAGGAUAUCUUCCCCAUCAAGCACUGGAUGAGCUGCUGCAAAAGGACAGCAAGGAUGAACUUAUACUGUCAGAUGGUCUUUACAAAGAACAAAAGGAAAUGAUGCUUUGCUGUGUGAAAACUUGUAUGGAACUUGAUAGCCCUUCCUUCACAAAGCCUGCAUUUGUGGUGACCGAGAAUUCGUCCUCAUUGGUCUCUCUUAAUCUCAGAAAGGCUCAGGAGGCACUGAUAGAGCUUCUAGGAGAUGAGAACAUGUUUCGGCAAAAUGCUCAGCUGCCAUAUAAGUAUCACGUUGAUUUUGAAAUCAGAAUGGAUUCAGAAGGAAAAAAAGUGCUCCCUAUAGCUGCAACAGAUGAUAAUCCUGACCCAGGUGUUCAAAGAUUGGCUCUUCUGUUUGUUCCUCUGUCUGCUUUCUGCAUGGGUACAACACACCCCCAAGGGAAGCUGGCAAUGAAGAAGCGGCAUCUAAAUAAACUGGGCUAUCACGUGAUUCUGAUCCAGAACAGGAAGUUUCAGGAAAUGACAAAUGAAGAAGCAGUUGAGUUUUUGAAAGGAAAAAUUUAUUUAGAAAAUGCUUCCUCUUCUUCUGAAGCAACUGUGCAGGAUAAUAAUUAAAAUAAACUAAAAAUUUUGGGUCUCCUGA